ACAACUUUUGUUUUUGGGGGUUUAUUUGUGUUUUGUUUAUCAAUCGGGAGACAACAAACUCAGCUUGUUACGUUAAGUACGUAAUUGUUGUAGUUGUUCGUGUAUUAUUAUGGGCGCGCAAGAAAUUUAUUGAGGAGAACGAAAAGAUCAGCUAGAGGUUAAUUAGCUGUUUUUUUUGUUAUAUAUAUAAAUAUUGACGAGGCGCCGACGUAGGGACGAGGUAGGGCGAGCGGGUAGCUGCUAGGAUGAAUGUGGACUGGGGGCCGGUGGUGGUGGCGGUGGCGAUGUUCAUACUGCUGUCGCCGGGAUUACUGUUCCAGUUGCCGGCGAGGAGGAGCUGCGUGGAGUUCGGGAACAUGUACACCAGCGGCAUCUCCAUCUUGGUUCAUGCCAUCUUGUACUUCUGUAUCUACACCCUCCUCACCGUUGGUCUUGGCAUUCACAUCCGCUACACCGUUUGAUUUUUUAUUUUAUAUAUAUAUAUAUAUAUAUAUAUAUAUAUAUAUAUAUAUAUAUAUAUAUAUAUAUAUAUAUAUAUAUAUUUGAAUACAUUCCACAAUUCAGUCUAUGCACUAUGGGGUAUUUAUCACUAUUAGUAAUCAUUUAUAUGUAUGCAUGGUUCGUAGUCUUAUAGUUAUAAAUAUAUAUAAUCGUCUCACAAUUAUCUUUCUGUUUUUGUUUUUGUUAUCAAAAGUUUCUAAUUUUUACCAUUGCAUAUAUAGAAAAAAUAUACAUAGUUAUGAUAU